AUGGGCAACGACAAUGAUGAUGAUGAUGAUGACAUCGGAGAUAACCGAAAAAAUGCUUUUUCAUCUGAAAAAACACAUUCAGCACGAAACGUUGAAGUAGUAAAGGUUGAACUGCUGCAGGAAAUAAAUAGCAAAUUGGAUUUUGUAAUGAUUCAAAAUCAGAGAAUCUUGAAGAAGCUAUAUCCUGAAGAAGCUGCUCUUACAAAACCCAAAAAUUUUCUAUCAUUGCCACUUCAAUCUGAGGAAGAUUUUCAAAAUUUUGAGAAAUUUUUGGAAAUCGAAGUUAAUAUUUCUGGCACAGCCGAUUUAUUUCAAACGUUUGCUUCUGGUUGCGUAACCGAAGGUAAAGCAGCAGGAAGGUUAAUGAAAAAAUGUAUUUCGAACCGUCUUUCACGAAUGAUGAGUUGGGAUGGUACCAGCAAAACAAAACUUAAUUUCAGCAAAUCUAAUCUGAAGGAAGCAAUUUUUUGUGCAUUUUUGAAAUUGUAUCCGAAGAGCAAGCUGUCGGACGGUGAAACUGCAGUGAAACGAUGGCUCAAUACCAGUGCACAGCGUUUGGUGUAA